AUGACGGGAAGCCAACUUGAUGAAUACGACCGGUUCCUGGAUGAAAACGACUGGGACAUCUACUACUGGGCGACUCAGGAGCCACCGUCUGAGUCCGAGGCAGCUGAGGGCGCGUUGAAGGCCAAAGACGAGCUGACGGAUACGUGGAAGAGCGGCGCAGCGAAGAGCGGAGAGUGGGCGCAGACAGUGGGAGCUUUCAAGCCAGCAUACCGGCCCGUCCCUCAGCGCUGGGCUGACUCGGAGAUUCUCGCUCUGCUGCGACAGCACGUCCAGAGCAAGAAAGCUGGAGACGGCAGCAGCAAGGGAAGCGGCGGUGGCCUGGGACGCAUGCCCAACAUCGAGCCCUUCAAGUCGUAG